CGUCAAAUUCUCCCUUCCGUCAGUCCUCCCAACCAAUCAGCGUGUCCCCACUUCCUGUAGGGUUUUCAAGCCCACAGCAAGCAUCUUUUCAGGCCUUCAAUUUCCACGACCGCAGCUUGACGACGACGAACCAGCCCAUACUAACCCAUCCACAGCUUACGGUCGCAACUCCUUCACAAUGGCGAUCAAGCACAACAACCAGCUCCCCCACAACCACUUCCGGAAGGAUUGGCAGCGCCGUGUGCGGUGCCACUUCGACCAGCCCGGAAAGAAGGUUUCGCGCCGCAUCGCACGCCGCGCCAAGGCCACCAAGGUCGCUCCCCGCCCCGUCGACCAGCUGAGGCCCGUUGUCCAAUGCCCGACGAUUAAGUACAACCGCCGCGCCCGCCUGGGCCGUGGCUUCACCCUGACCGAGCUCAAGGCUGCUGGUCUGCACAAGCGCCAGGCCCGGACCAUCGGUAUCGCGGUCGACCCCCGCCGCACCAACUUCUCUGAGGAGUCGCUGGCCCGCAACGUCGAGCGCCUCAAGGCCUACCAGGAGCGCCUGGUUGUCUUCCCCAAGAAGGGCAAGAAGCCCGCCGUUGCCGACAAGACCGCCGCAAAGGUGUCUGCCGUCAUUCCCCUGCCCCCCGCCGAGGGCUUCGUCGAGAUCAGCAAGUCGGACAUCCCGAAGUCCGAGACCAGCGCCUACCGCCAGCUGCGGGACGCCAGGGCCAACUUCCGCAACGAGGGCGCUCGGGAGAAGCGCGUCAGGGACAAGGCGGAGGCCGAGACUGCCAAGAAAUAGAGCGAGGGACGCUAGGGCACAAAAUUCACCUUUGUUCUUUGGUCCGACUACUUGGACUCUGUUUCUUGUCUUUUUUUCACGUCGGCGCGGGGGUAGGGAGGGAUCAGAAAGAAAGUGGCACGGGUCACACAAACAAAACUCUUGGUCGUUCGGUUGGUUUCUGCUUUCACUGCUGCGUCUGCUCCUGGAAGAAAGGGGCGGUGCGGUUGGUUUCCUACGGCCGUUUUGCGGUAUCUCUCUCAGGGCAUGGUUCAGAAACUACAACUGCAUCGCGGGCUUGCUAGAUGUAUUCCGAUAAUGAAUACGAAUGGACAACAAAAUGGAUGAAUUAUGCUCGGG